UUGCUGUCCAUUUUUAAGGCUCUCUCCCACGUUGUGCUUGUUGGGGGAACUCAGCUAAAAGCUCAAACACAAAUACACAAUCCUCUCUCUCUCUCUCUCUCUCUCUCUCUCCCCGAAAAUAACCUUCUGCCAGGAAAGUAUGUUCAGGAUUGGACAAAGCAAAAAUGUCUCCAUGUCAAGAACUUUGCUCGCUCAGAGCUUCUACAGGUUAUUGUCAAGCCAGACUGGAAGCAAGUUAGAAGGAAAGGUAGCAUUAAUAACUGGAGCAGCGAGUGGCAUAGGGAAGGCAACUGCAACAAAAUUUAUCAACAAUGGUGCCAAAGUUGUUAUUGCUGAUAUCCAACACCAACUUGGCCAAGAAACUGUGGAAGAGCUUGGACCUAAUGCUACUUUUGUCGCCUGUGAUGUCACUAAAGAGUCUGACAUAUCCAAUGCAGUUAAUUUUACCAUCUCUAAGCACAACCAACUUGAUAUCAUGUACAACAAUGCUGGGGUGCCUUGCAAAACUCCCCCAAGCAUCGUGGACCUUGACCUGGCAGUGUUCGAUAAAGUCAUGGACAUCAACGUCCGGGGAGUCAUGGCUGGGAUCAAACAUGCAUCACGUGUGAUGAUCCCACGUCGAACAGGCUCAAUUCUCUGUACAGCUAGUGUCACUGGACUGAUAGGGGGACUAUCACAGCACACAUAUUCUGUGUCCAAGUCUGCUGUUAUAGGCAUUGUUAAGUCUCUGUCUGCAGAGUUAUGCAAGUAUGGAAUCCGGGUGAAUUGCAUAUCACCAUUUGCCAUUCCAACUCCAUUUGUAAUGGACGAAAUGAGUCAGAUUUUCCCUGGUGUUGAUGAUCAACGGAUUAUGGAAAUGGUUAAUAAUGCUGGUGUCCUGCAUGGAGCUAAGUGUGAACCCAACGAUGUAGCUAAUGCUGCACUCUACCUUGUGUCUGAUGAUGCCAAGUAUGUUAGCGGGCAUAAUUUGGUGGUAGAUGGAGGCUUUUCAUCUUUUAAGAGUUUGGGGUUCCCUGCACUGGAUGAAGAACACUAAAAGUUUUAGUCUUCAAAUAUUCUUUGGUACCAAAAAAAAAGAACUACAUAAACAAGUUUUGCCAGCAUGAAGCAGGAAAGGAUAUGAAUGUAUCGACAUCCACUUUCUUCAUUCUUGAGUGAGUCUGUUUUACAAGUCCAAGCAUUCUUAUAGUAUAUUUAUUCUUGUAUGGCCUUUGAGAUCAUUUUGAAGAGAUGAUUGAAAUGACCCUCAAAAUUUAAAAGGUGAAAUUUUGCAGCUAUGGAAGUAGCAUAUACUCGGCUUACCCGACCAAGCUCAUCUCCUUAAGCAAGAUUUUUUGGUCGGGACCUAUCUAUAACCUUACCAGCCUCAAACUUGCGUACUUUUUCAUGGGGUAUGGGGAGGAGGGUCUCUAAAUAGACAAGCUGGUGAAGAUGAUUUUGUAGAGAAUGUUAGUUGGAAAACUUAUGCUAAUAUUAACGUGUUGGCAUCUGCAUUCCUCAAAGUCUUACAUCUUUAAUUCGACAGUCGUUGAAGCUUUUGUAGCUCGGGAGGUCGUGGAAUUUAGCAGAGACUUGGAGCUUCAACAUGUUAUAGUGGAAGGGGAUGCUUUGGAAAUAGUGCAGAAUUUACUAAAGGAAUGACGUUGUUGGAGUCGAUAUGGAUAACUUAUUGAUGAUGCAAAGAUUGCUGUAAAAAGUGCAAGGACGAUUCUAUGAUUAGCUAUGAUUAGCAAAUUCACAUUUCAGCCUGACA